CCGGUGUCCCCAAGAGCACCAAGAUGCAGCCAUGGCUCUGGCUGGUCUUCAGUGUGAAGCUGUCAGCUCUCUGGAGCAGCUCUGCCCUCAUUCAGACCCCUCAGUCCAUGACGGUUCUAACCAACCAAACAGCAAUAAUGUCCUGUGAGGCUAAGACGUUAACUAAUAAGAACAACAUCAUCUACUGGAUGAGAGACCGCCAGAGCCCCACCAAGGACAAGCACUAUGAGUUCCUGGCCUCCUGGAAUCCUUCCAAAAGAAUCACUGUGUACGGAGAAGAGCCAAAGAAGAAUAUAAUGGUAUUUUCAGAUUUAACCCGGUACAUUUUCAACCUCACCAAUGUGAAGCCAGAGGACAGUGGCUUCUACGUCUGCAUGAUGAUUGGGACCCCCAGGAUAAUCUUUGGGAGAGCAACAGAGCUGAGCGUAGUUGAUGUCCUUUCUACAACUCCCCAGACCACCAAGAAGACUAGCCUCAGGAAGAAACAGUGCCCGUUCCCCAGCCCGAAGACCCAGAAGGGCCUGACGUGUAGCCUCGUUCCCCUCAGCCUGCUGCUGGCAGGCAUCCUGGUCCUGCUGGUGUCCCUGAGUGUGGCUGUCCACUUUCUCUGCCUUCGGAGGAAAGCCCGAAUCCGAUUCAUGAAACAGUUUCACAAAUGAUUAGCACCCAUAACACCAAGAACUUGCUACAAAAGGACAGUGACAGCCCUCCGGAAAAAAACAAGAUCUGGACUACCGAGAGAGGACACAUUCCAUGAUGGAGAUUCCUCCGCUGUGCUCAGGCUGCCUGCUUUGAACACUUGCAAAUUCUGUCUGUGGCCGGCAGGCGUGGGAACCACUUGACUGUUCACCUGGAGUCUCACGGAGAAGGCCCCAGAAUUCAGGGUCACUCACGGAGUGUGCUGAGCAACCAAGAAUUCCCACCGGGACACCCCAGGUGUGUGUGGGGGUGUACCCUUCUUGGACUGGACCUUGGAUGGUGGCUUUCCGCCCCCUCCCCCCUUUGUAAGUUGUUUGGUAGGGCAGGUUGGUAGCGCCUCUUUAGCUGCUCGCCAGGAGAGAGCCGCUAAAGACUGCUCAUCCUCACAAGGAGAAGCCAGCUCGCAAGUGAGACUUCCUGCAAGCGGCCCCCAGGCUCUCCACAGCCAGCGCGGUCUCACGCUUUACUGUGGGGGUGGGAACCUGUGGGGUCAGUAGACAGACUUCUGCUUCAUCUCCUAGCAGGAAAUUCCUUAAGCUUCACUUCCCGUCUCUCGUGGCUUGUAUAUUUUUUCUCUUUGCCCUUUUUAUGAAAAUGUCUUGGU